GAAACAUCGGAAAUGUUUCGUGAAUCUUCAACUAUUCCUUGGGCAAUUCUACGAGAAGCCAUAAGACAGUAUGUCAAAGGACAAGUAGUACAAGCACGCAGUCUUCAUCAUCACGAGUUAUGCCAUUUGCAAUGCAUGAUUUUACUACCUCGCCUGCUUCGUUGUAAGACAAAUGAUGAUCUGGAGUCAUUAGAGUUAGAACUUUACGGUGAUUGCAAAUGUCCCGGCACGGACGAUAAACGCACUCAAAUCCGAGACCGUCUGCUCACCGAGCUUGUUCUCCCCACCACACCAAUAGAGCGAAGAGAGUUUAUGAUGCCGAAUGUCGACUCUAAGAAAACUUUCCAGGACAAAUGCAUUUCGAUUUUGGACAUGACAACGGAACUACAGCAUACUGUUUGGUCAUGGUUAUUCAAGGCAACGGAGAUGCUUCAAGAUGUUGGGCAUAAACUCUGUCCCAGCCCAUUUCUGGGUGACAAGAAAGGAACAAAAACCAAAAAGCAAAUGGCGGCCUGCGAGGAAUACCAGACUAUGCUCAGCCUUUUCAAUAAAGGGUAA